CUAGACGGACUUUUUCUUUUUUCUCUCUCCUAGAGUGAUAACUGUCUAAGAGAGAGAAAAACAGUUACUGUCGUCCAUGGCGCAUUCUCGUCGGAAUUCGCCCAGGAUUUUUGCAAUUUGUUCGCCGGCGAGAUUAGAUCAUCACACUGGCGCCUCGUCGAAAUCCUCUGAAGUUUUGCGUGACAAGUUGCAUGCCGAGAUUCAAGUUAAUCACCUCUGGGGCAAGAAAGGGAAAAUCUUAGUUACUGGUAUGGGUAAUGGUACUUUCCUGUUCCAGAUUCCUGAUAGUGCAACUAGAGAUUGGGUUCUAAAUUCCAAGAUUCCAUGGCAUGUAAGGCACAAGAUCUUGAUUCUACGAAAGUGGGACCCUAAUGCAGUGCUCUCCAAGGCCAAACCUGCAAAGAUGCCAAUCUGGGUUAAGGUCUGGGGUGUGCCUUUGUCUCUUUAUACGCCUAAAGGUCUGAGCUACAUUGCUAGUGUAAUUGGGCGACCUUUGUCUCUCGACAAGGCUACUGAGCAGCGUACUCGUGUUAAUUUUGCCCAAAUAUGUGUUGAAGUAGAUGUUGAAAAGAUUCACACUCUUCCUGAGUCUGCACCUGUGAAUCUUGAUGGUAAUUUGCAGGAGGAGGUCUCAUUUGAAUAUCCUUGGCUCCCUGUCAAGUGUGAGACUUGUAAAAAGGAGGGUCAUACUAGUCGGGACUGUGCAAAGGAGAGUCAAAGUGUGGUUGUACAGAAGCAAGAAUGGCGCACAGUUUCCAAAGGAAAAAAGAAAGAGCAGGCUAUAGUUGAGGAAGACAAAGGGCCAGCUCAAGAGAAGGAUAUUCAAAUUGUGCAGGCAGUGGAACCCACGGUGCUUUCAAAGAGCCCAAGUCUCCCACUUGUUAAUUCAUUUGAUGUGUUGGAAAAAUCUUCUGAGCUUGCCCAAGUAUCUGAACAACCUCAAGUAGAUGUUGCGCCCAUUCUUGAGCCAAGAAGAGUGAGAACAGCUUCCCAGGGAGUUGCUGUAGCAAUAAAGGCACUAGUUCCCAAGCAAAGACAGCCUAGAAAAAGUUCAAAUUCCUCUGGUGAGAGGAGUCUUAAGAGUUACUUAUCUCAGUAUAAUGCAGAUAUUGUAUGUUUGCUAGAAACUCAUGUCCAACAGAAGAAUUUCAUUAUGGUUUCUGGUUCUUUGUUGCCUGGAUGGACUGCACUCAACAACUAUGAGCAUGCCAAAUUAGGAAGAAUUUGGGUAUUUCAUAGACCCCAUAUUCAAAUGUCUAUAUCUAGUAUGCAUCAUCAGGCCAUUCAUUGUCAUGUAUUCAACUCAACAACUGCUCAAUAUCUGUUCUUGAGUGUGAUAUAUGCUGAUCCUUAUUCUGUUGAUCUGAGGCAAGAUUUAUGGGGGGAGCUAGUAGCCAUAAGUCAAGCUUUGCCUAAUGUACCCUGGUUGGUUGGGGGAGAUUUCAAUGAAAUCAGGGAUUUGUGUGAGAGAUCAGAUUGGCAAUCCAUUUCUUGUCUUCCGAAGGAGUCAGAGGUUUUCAAUAAGAUGCUUAAUGAAGUUGAAGUUCAUGACUUGCCCACUGCUGGCUCAUUCUUUACUUGGUCAAAUAAGAGGAACUUAGACCCCAUUGCAAAAAAGCUAGAUCGUUUAAUGGUAAAUCAGUUCUGGUUCGAUGUCUUCCCCAAUACUACUGCAGAAUUUCUACCACCAGGUUGCUCUGACCAUUGUGCAGGAUUAGUAGACAUAAAAAUCCCUGAGGAGACAAGAGAUAGAAAGCCUUUUAAAUUUUUUAAUUUCUGGGCUAAGCAUGAAAAUUUCCUUGCUUUGGUAAAACAAUCCUGGGAGACUAAUUCAGUACAUGGAUGCUAUAUGUUUCAGCUAUGCAAGAAACUGAAAGCUUUGAAAUUAGUUCUUCGGAAGCUAAAUAGAGAGCACUACAGUGAUUUGCAGAAUAGAUUACAACAGGAGAAAAGCAAGCUACAUAUUAUACAAGCAGAUUUGUUGGCAUCUCCUCAUGAUGCUUUAGUCAGUAUUGAGCAGGAGCAAGCUCAAAAGGUGGCUGCUUUGCAACUGGCAGAGGAGUCCUAUUUUAAGCAAAAAUCAAGGAUUCAAUGGCUAAAAGAGGGUGAUGGCAACACAACCUAUUUCCAUAAGGUGGUUAAGGCUAGAACUUGUAAAAACACAAUAAAGGAGCUAUAUACACUUGACAACAAGAAACUCACCUCCCCAUCUGAUAUGCAAGAAGAGGCUGUUGGUUUUUACAAGGGGCUACUAGGGACAGCUGACAGAAACUGUAGUCAGAUUGAAACAGAUUGUUUAAAAAGUUUGCUUCAAUACCAGUUGCCUAAUGAUAUGAAAAGUUCCCUCACACAACCUAUUACAGCUAAAGAAAUUAAGGAUGUGGUUUUCAAUAGCCCAACAAACAAAGCGCCUGGACCAGAUGGCUUUACAUCAGAAUUCUACAAGGCUGCAUGGCCUGUGGUUGGUGAUUUAGUGAUCAAGGCAAUUCAGGAAUUUUUCACAUCAGGAAUGGUUUUAGCCCCAGAUGUGCACUCAAAAUUGAUCUUAUGAAGGCAUUUGAUUCAGUCUGCUGGGAUUUUGUUUUUCAAGUCUUCUUAGCUCUUGAUUUUCCUAUAAAAUUUGUUGAUUGGA